AUGGCCACUAUCACCCUCACCGAAAGAGACGUAGAGUCACCCCAGAUGGGAGACAUUCACAUCGCAACCCGUCUGUUGAACGGGACACUCCACUCCCAAUGGCCCAAACAUGAACAGUUCGCAACUAUCGACGGGUUAUUGAGAUCGCAUGCAGCUCAACCAGAUGAGGCACAGCACCCGCUAAUAUGCUACCCGGUCCAUGGAGCUGCCGAUUUCGAGAAGCAUACAGCCAAAGACAUCGAUCAUUAUACCGAGGUUGCAGUUCGCUAUUACACACAGCAAGGACUUGCCCCUGCGGACCCAACUCUCGACGAGGCCCCUGUGGUAGCCAUGCUGGUCGGAUCCAGUUUCGAGGUCGUGGUGACUCUCUUCGCGUUGAAUAGGUUGGGCUAUGCAGUGCUUUUUUUGUCGACGCGCCUGACAGCACCAGCAUAUUCUCGACUGAUGGAUAUGGCCAACUGCAGGAAGAUUAUCCAUACCUGUCAGUUCCAGCAGAUCGUAUCUGAAAUGCGCACGGGGCGUCUUGAAUGGAGUACCUUCACUCUCCUGAGCAGGGAGGACUGGUUCAAUCAGCCAGUGAGCCCAUAUCGCUUCAAGCGAGAGGAUGUGAAUCCAUCGCGAGAAGGUAAAAAGAUUGCGUGGAUUCUGCAUUCAUCUGGGAGCACUGGCUUUCCGAAGCCGAUCUUUUUGACAAACCUGCAAACCCUGGCUAAUUUCCGCAAGAGCUUCGGGCUGCGCCUCUUCACUAUCAGCCCGCUCUUCCACUCCUUUGCGCUGAUGGAGCUCGGGCGGGCAUUUUAUACAAGAGCACCGACGUAUCUGGGAAAUCAUUCUCUUCCGGUGACAUAUCAAACCCUUUGCGACGCCCUGCAGGUGGCCCAGCCCCAGCAAAUCAGCGCUGUGCCGUAUGCUAUAAAGCUACUCGCAGAGGGACAGGAGGGCAUUGAUGCACUGGCUAAAGCCCAGCUUGUGCUAUUCGGCGGCUCCAGCUGUCCAGAUGACCUUGGCGACCGUCUCGUUGCGCAAGGUGUCAACCUAGUCGCCAACUAUGGAGCAACUGAGACAGGACAGAUCAUGACCUCUUUCCGCCCCGCGGAAGAUAAGGAGUGGCAGUACAUGCGCCUGCAUCGCCCUGUUGCCGACUUCACUCUGAUGGAUGAGAUUUCACCAGGUGUCUUUGAAUGCGUCGCAUUGGAUGGUCUGCCGAGCAAAGGUCCUUCGAAUUCAAAACCACCGUUCAGCGCAAAGAACCCAGAGAAUAGUUUCAGGACGGCCGACCUGUUUACCAGACACCCGGACCCUGCAAAGUGCAAUUUUUACAAAUAUUUGAGUCGGCUGGAUGACCGAAUCACGCUGAUCAACGGUGAAAAGGUUCUUCCCAUUCCAAUUGAAGGUCGAAUCAGAGAAGAGCCGAUCGUGAGUGACUGCGUGGUCUUUGGAUUCCAGCGGACUGUGCCUGGGGCUUUGAUCUUCCGCGCUCCUGGCAAGGUGUCGCAUUUGAGCGAUGACGAGUUCUUGGAUGCUAUCUGGCCAGCUGUUGAAGCAGCGAAUGCUCGCUCUGAGACGUUUUCUCGGAUCCCGAAGGAAUUGGUCGUUAUCAAGGGCGCAGACGUCGUAUAUCCCAAGACGGACAAAGGGACAUGCAUCCGUGCUCAAGUGUAUCAACAAUUUGAAGAUGAUAUCAAACAAACAUACGCCAAGUUUGACGGCAACGAUCAGACAAGAGGGUCCCUGGCACUUAGUGUCCCUGAGCUGCAGGAUUGGCUUCUGACAAGGUUCAAGGAUGACUUGAGCGUCACUCUACCUGAUGCCGACGCUGAUAUCUUCUCGGCAGGAGUGGACAGUUUGCAAACAAUGCGAAUCUGGAGAUUCAUCGUUCGCGAUAUUGAUAUCGGCGAUCAAGGAGACCAGCUCUCGCAAAACAUCGUGUUCGAAAAAGGAACGGUCAGAGCGCUUGCUCAACACCUUUACCAGCUGCGGACAGGUCAGAAAUCAGAGAAAGAAGAUGAACUUCAUGUUAUGCGUGAGCUCAUCGAAAAGUACUCCCACUUCACUCAACAUUUCCCCUGCACCACCAAGCGGCCAGAUACGGAAGUGGUAAUGGUCACCGGUGCAACAGGCAACCUGGGCGCAUUCAUUGUCGCAGAAUUACUGAAACGACCAACAGUUUCCGAAGUAUGGGCACUCAUACGCGCACCAGGCCAAGCAGCAGCCGGAGCUCGUCUCUACAACUCACUAGCCGACCGCAACAUCGUUCUCACUGACACAGAAGCCGCAAAGCUGCACGCCGUCCCCAGCUACUUAUCCCAGCCCAACCUCGGUCUCGAGAACCACGAUCUCCAGCACUUGCUCUCGUCACUGACAUGCGUCAUUCACAGCGCCUGGGCGGUAAAUUUCAACCUAGGCGUACGCUCCUUCGAGCAGCAACACAUCCGCGGAACACAAAAUCUCAUCAACCUAUGUCUGCGCUCUCACCUGCCCGCCCCUGCCCGCUUCUUCUUCUGCUCCAGCGUCAGCGCCGCAAGUGGCACCCCCAAGCCCGCAUUCAUCCCCGAGAGCAUAAUCGAGAGUCUGGAACACGCACAGGGGACGGGGUACGGGAGAUCCAAGCUAGUUACGGAACUUAUUGUCCGCAACGCCAUGCGGCAGACUGGAAUGCAGGCACGGGUUUUGCGGAUUGGGCAGCUGGGCGGCGAUACGGUCAGCGCGCAUUGGAAUGAAACGGAAGCUGUUGCGCUUAUGUUCCGCAGUGCGUUGGCGACGGGCGCUUUGCCGGAGUUGGAUGAGAGGUUGAGCUGGUUGCCUGUUGAUCGGUGUGGUCAGGCUAUUUCGGACAUUGCUAUAAAUGAGGCUACUGUCUCACGCGAUGCGGAUCUGGUUUAUCAUUUGGUCAAUCCGAGGACGUUUAGCUGGAAGGAGGAUUUGCUUCCUGCUUUGAAGCGGGGGUCGGCGUUGCCUGGGUUUGAGGUUGUGGCUCCUCAGGAGUGGCUUCGGAGGUUGGCUGGCAGUGAGCAGGACCCGGAGAAGAAUCCGAGUAUCAAGCUCUUUGAUUUCUGGCAGGCGAAGUAUGCGGGCCUGCAACAAGCGGGAGACUCUACAGAAGAAGGAAAAGAUGAGGCUGGGCCCACGUUUGAAACUGGACUGACGAUUCAAGACUGCCCCUCCUUGGCUCUUGUGGGUGAUCCUGUGGCUGAGGGAUUGGUGAACAGGUAUAUCGAGAUUUGGAUGAAAAAGUGGACAAGUAAAUAG